GCCACACAGCUCCGUGUUCCUUUGUGUGCGCAACAGGUACCUUCAUAGACGCGUUAGAGAGGCACUGCACAGCCCCUCUGGCACUGGAUCUCCUAGGGCGCACAGAGGGGCAGUGCCAUGCACACUUCUUCCGACGCGCCUCUCUUAGGUGGAGAGAACCAGUCUCUGCUUUUCAGCUUCACUGAUGCCCUGAUGAUGGGAACCCCUUCAAACAGCACCGUCCACCCGAACGGAUCCGACCCUUUUGCUAGAAACGAGGAUGUUGCCCAGAUCGAGAUCAUGGUGCUCAGCAUCACCCUCGUGGUGGCUGUGAUCGGGAAUGUGAGCGUCCUGCUGGCCAUGUACAACACCAAGAAGAAGAUGUCUCGGAUGCAUCUUUUUAUUAAGCACCUCAGCUUGGCUGAUCUGGUGGUCGCCUUCUUCCAGGUGCUGCCGCAGCUCUGCUGGAAGAUCACCUACCGCUUCUACGGGACGGACGCUCUCUGCAGGAUAGUGAAGCACCUCCAGGUGAUGGGGAUGUUUGCCUCCACCUACAUGAUGGUCAUGAUGACCUUGGACCGCUACAUCGCCAUCUGCCACCCGCUGAAGACCCUCCAGCAGCCCACCAAGCGCUCCUACGUAAUGAUCAUAUCCACGUGGAUCUGCAGCCUGGUGUUGAGCAGCCCCCAGUACUUCAUCUUCUCCCUGAGCGAGAUCAAAAACGGCUCCGAGGUCUACGACUGCUGGGCGCACUUCAUCGAGCCGUGGGGCUCCAAGGCGUACAUCACCUGGAUGACCGUGGGGAUCUUUCUGGUGCCAGUGGUGAUCCUCAUCCUGUGCUACGGGUUCAUCUGCCACAGCAUAUGGAAAAAUAUCAAGUACAAGAAAAAGAAGACGGUGUCCGGGGCAGCGGGCAAGAACGGCCUGAUUGGGAAGUGUUCAGUCAGCAGCAUCACAACCAUUUCCAGGGCCAAACUCAGGACGGUCAAAAUGACUUUUGUGAUAGUUUUGGCCUACAUCAUCUGCUGGGCGCCGUUUUUCACGGUGCAAAUGUGGUCAGUGUGGGAUAAAAACUUUAAGUGGGAUGAUUCUGAGAACACAGCAGUGACUCUGUCUGCGCUCCUUGCCAGUCUCAACAGCUGCUGCAACCCGUGGAUAUACAUGAUCUUUAGCGGCCACCUCCUCCAGGAUUUCAUGCACUGCUUCUCCUGCUGCCGAAAACUAAACGCUGACUACAAGAAGGAGGACUCGGACAGCAGCAUCCGCAGGACGACGUUACUGACCAGGAUCACCAAUCGGAGCCCGACGGGCUGCUCCAGCAACUGGAGAGAGCUUGAUAACUCCCCAAAAACAUCAGCUCAGACAGAGUAAACAGGCAGUAGCUCCAAGAAACACAUGUAGAGUGAGCUCAGCAUGCAGGAUUAGGACUAAAAGUUCCACAAACUUUAAAAUUCUAAUGACUAGGAGGCAUUUGCUUAAAAAAAAGUUAAAUGUAAAUAGAGAUAUUGUCUGCAGGUUUGUGCUCAAUUCCGUGUGGGGACUAAAUCUUCACUUAAGCUCAAACAUGAACACAUCAGAAACAAAUUGUGAAAAGAGGGGAAUAGGUUUUCCCUUGACUUGAGACAAAAGAAAAUGAAACUCCUUUAUGUCACAGCUUCAAACAGCCAGUUAGCAUUCUUGACACCCCUAAAAACAUUCAGUUAUCUCGAUGCUGUCUGAGUCUCCCUGCAGAGCUGCCUAACUCACUUUCCGUUCUGAGUGUUUACAGAGAUAAAAGUUACUGCACCCUGGAGGUGUGUGGGGUGAAAUCAGCCCUCCCAGACGGCUCGUCUCUAAGUUACACAGGCAGCCACCUCAACCUUUGUCUUUGAAUUUCCAUUUUGUUUUUUCUUUUCUUUCUUUUUCUAAGAACCACAUUUCAGUGGCUUGUAUAAAAAUGUAAUUGAAAUCAAUCUUUUGACUGAAUAUAAAAGCAUUAACAGAAAAAAAAGAAAAGGAUUUUAACAUUCACUCUUUCAUAAUCUGUCCAAGGAGGUGUUUCAUGUUCCAGCGGGCUGUUCUUUUCUCUGUGUAGAUUUUGGAAGUUCUUUCCUGAUAUUAACUAACACAGAAAGACGCUGAGCCAGGAUGGACAUUGACUAUAGGUGAGCGUGAACGCUCUAGGAUGAAUAUCCACCCUUUGCUUGCUGUUCCCAUGACUUUUCACAGAAAGCUGAGCAGAAACUCACACAUUCCUCACAAAACACGUCAGCCACUUCCCCAGUUUUUUUCUGACAUCCUGCGCCAUUGGGGGCUCUGUGUUUUGGCUUUGUUUGCACUCAAGACAAAAAAGAAUUUCCUGCACUUUAAUAUGAUUUACGGCAAUAUAAUGGCUGUUAGGCCACAAAGCAAGAGCCCAAAAAACAUGUUUGUUCUAUCAAAAUUGUAUAUACAUUCCUUUAUGUACGCAUAUGUGUGUGUUCUGUUUAAGAUUUGUAAUCAAAGUGAAGCCUAAUGUAUAUUUGUACUUAAAAGGCACUUGAAUAUUUGUAAAUAGGAGUAAUAUAUGUAAGUAUCCCUAUAAUUGCUUGUGCACUUCACCUAUAAGAACCCAAACAAUAUAUCGAUAUUUGUUAAAAUACACACAUCAAUGUAAUGAGCACAAAUGACUUUGUUGCCUGUUUUCCUAGUCAUAACACUGGAGAUUUCACUGUUUGUUUUAUGCAGUUGCUGCACAACCACAAAAAAAAUCUGUCUGUUAUUUGAGCUGGGAAUCAAUGUUUGAAUUAAAACUCAAGCCAAUCUGAGCAGUUAAAUCAUGCCAGUAACUGGGAUUAUGCAACGUCCCCUUUUAAAACAAUGUGGAUACGAAGUCAAAGGAAGACCUUUUCUCAGAACACCUCUGACAAUAAAGCCCUACAAAUACUCCAUAAUAAUAAA